AUAUAUACAUUCCAUGUGCCGGAUGAGAUGAUGAAAAAGCAACAUGAAGAGUUAGUGAUACUUGUUGAAGGUGAUGCAUUGACAGAGGAGUAUAAAAGACUUGAAGAGGACCUGGUGAAAACAGGCGGUUAAGCAGGAGGAAAUUCAAACGAGUCCUACAGUUAGCUUUAAUACCUUGAAGAGUAAUGAAGGUUACACGAAUGUGUUCUGGCAAAUUUAGCUUUGAUCACCAGUGGAAUAGAUAAGUAAAAAAUAUGCUCUAAUUCCAACAAAUGACUCUGACAUGACUCUGAGUUUUGAUGAGUAUUAGCUGAGUUAUCCCGGCCAAAUUCGGAAGCAUCCAAGCACAACAUCGGGAAUUCAAUUUAGGAACUCAGCAGGAAGAACAUGACCAAUCAAAUGAGUUUUGAAAUUCAUGUUUACCACCUACUCGUUUAAAAACUUAGUAGAGAUAGAUGUAACAUUGCUUUAUUUUAUUUUAAUUUGUUGAAUCAAUGUGUCUUCUAUACAUUAAAAUAACAUCAUAUCUAAACUAAAAAAUGUGUCAAGUGGCUGAGUUUGUGGAACAAACUCAAUAAUGCAACAUUUAUUUUCAACGGUGAUGGAAAGUUGCACCUUCCACCAUAUUGUUUGCAAUUUUUUACUCCCUGAAGUGGUUCAACGACCAGUUCCUAUUUAAAAAAUAAUGAAAGCACCUCGACACAUAUGUAAUAUGUAUGUGGAAAACAUGAGAGGCAGAUAUGUAAAAGGGAUCAAAAAAAAGGACGGUCAGAAGAUCGAAUUGUGAAACAAGUUCGUUUUUGAUCGGAUUUUAGAGUGCUGCGUACCUGUUGUUCCUGGAAUCUAAAUCUUCACAUCUUUCGCUCUCACCAGUGGAAACAACAUCUCUUCACUUGUCGAUUUGGCUAUAUAGGCAGUGGAAUUUUUGACAAGCAUAUGUAUAGCAUAGAAGUUUCCUGAGAUAAAAUGUCUUCCGAGGGAACUUCGUCAAGGACAAGUGUUCGAAGGGGAGAGGAAGAACAAGUGAUUGGCUUUGACGAUGAGGCAGUGCAAAUUAUUGAGCAGGUUUGUGGAGUUAGAAUGCGGCUUGAAGUUGUCUCCAUUGUCGGCAUGCCUGGACUUGGUAAAACAACUCUGGCUAAAAAGCUUUACAACGAUCCUUUCGUUGUUUAUCACUUCUAUAUUCGUGGUUGGACCACCAUAUCUCAAGUAUACACAAUCAAGGAUUUGUUAAGAGGCAUUUUUGGUUCUGCUUUCAAGCUCAAAGAUGAUGACAUUCCUACGGGGACAACAGAACAAUUAGGUGGAGAGUUGUACAGGCGCUUAAAGGAUAAACGAUAUCUGAUUGUUAUGGAUGACAUAUGGGAUAUUAGGGCCUGCAGUGGUUUGAGGAUAUUUCUCCCAAAUGACAAUAACGGAAGUAGAAUCAUGUUUACCAGGCGGCUCGCAGACGUGGCUUUGCAAGCUGAGCCUACCAUCCCUCCUCAUUAUUUACGUUUUCUAAAUCAGCAUGAAAGUUGGGUUCUGUUGCAACAUAAGAUAUUCCAGGGAGAAUGUCCCUAUCCAGAGUUGUUUGGAGAAGGAAACCGAAUUGCCAAAAAAUGUCAUGGUCUGCCGCUCGCAAUUGUUGUAGUAGCUGGACUUCUCUCAAAGACGGAGAAGAAACUAAACCGGUGGAGGGAAGUUGCCUCUAGUGUAAGUUCAUACAUUGCUAGUGACCCAAAUCAAUACAUGGACACUCUAGCACUGAGUUACAAUCACUUGCCUGAGCACUUAAAAUUAUGUUUUCUUUAUUUUGGAGCAUUUCCAGAAGAUUAUCAUAUCCCUGAGUGGAAGUUGAUCUGGUUGUGGGUUGCUGAAGGAUUUGUAAAAGAAAUUGAACAAAAGAACUUAGAGGAUGUAGCAAGGGAAUACUUGGCAGAUCUUGCUGAUAGAAACUUGGUGUUAGUUGCCAAAAGGAGGUUCAAUGGUGGAAUCAAAGCAUGUCAUAUUCAUGAUAUGUUGCGUGAUCUAUGCUUGACAAAAGCUAAGGAAGAGGAAUUCUUGCAGCUGAUUUCCCAGUACAGAGACUUUUCUUCUCAGUCAAAUCAUACUACGAAUAAUAUUCAUCGUCCGUUCAUCCAUUCUGAUUUUUUAAAUUACCUAUGUUCCAACCCAGUGGGAUCUGACAUCCGCUCUUUGUUGUGCUUUUCCUCUGAAAGAAAUAGGAUUUCUGUGGAGUAUGCAUUAUCCUUCUAUCAAUCUUUCAAACUUCUUAGGGUGUUGGAUUUGUUGUCCAUCGCUAUGCCCUUCUUACCCCAAGAAAUCGUGCAGUGGUCAAUUCAUUUGAGAUACUUGGCGCUUAAGUUUGAAAAAGCGUCUCUCCCAAACUCAAUAUCUGACCUUUUCAACCUAGAAUUCCUUGUAGUAAAAAUUGUAGCAUCAAAACCCAUUACUAUACCCAAUACUGUUUGGAAGUUGGUCAAGUUGAGAUAUCUUGUUAUUGAUUCCGGGGAAAAUCAUAUUGAAGACCCUAGGUUUGAGGAAACAAUUAUCAAUGAUGGUUCCUUUGUAUUGGACAAUCUUUAUACGAUCUCACAGGUACGCCCUUCCAAGUCUUGCCAGGAAGUGUUGGCAAGGACUCCCAAUCUUAGAAAGCUGAGAUUUUGUGGAGAUUUUAUGAGCGAGUUUGGUUUUUUGUGGUUUCCUCGUCUUGACUUUUUGAUGCAUCUGGAAACAUUGAAGUUACAUAGCAUAACCAUUAGCAUAACCGAGGGCCAUUUGUCCUCGUGCAAGUUUCCUCCAAAUCUUAAAAGACUAACUAUAUCAGGUAUGGUAAGGAAGUGGGAAGAGAUGUCUGUACUUGGAAUGUUACCCAAUCUUGAGGUUCUAAAACUAUCACGAAAUGCUUUCAUAGGACCACUGUGGGAAACAAAUGAUGGUGGGUUUAAUCGACUCAAGUUUUUGAAGCUUCAUUUCAUAGCAACUUUGAAACGAUGGAAAACCUCCAGGGAUCACUUUCCGAACAUUGAGCGUUUAGUGGUGCAACAAUGUGAGAAGCUUGAGGAGAUCCCCUCUGAAUUAGGGUAUAUACCCACAUUACGGAUGAUUGAGAUUUCCCAUUUAAGUCACUCUGCAGCAAAUUCUGCCAGGCAAAUUAUGGAAGAGCAACAGAGCAUGGGUAAUGAUGGGCUGAAAAUCACCAUCUACCCUCCAAAUGAAGGGAUCCCCUGAGAUGACGUGAUCACUCUUGACUUCAAGGUUGAGCACGAUUAGAGAACCUGCAAAACUGUGGAAUAUCCAAGCCAAGUUGGGCUUCGUUGAAUGAGAGACACAAGUGGCUGAAAAUCCUUAUCAAUUUCCUCAUAGGAAUCCCAAUGAAUUCAAGGCUUGACUCUUUCUUCUCAUGUUUUUUUUUUCUUUUCCCUGGUUUUUAAACAAACUCAAUUGAGUGGAAGGUUUCAACAGAUCCAUAUUAGUAUGAAAUUCCAACUCGUUUACAUUAUCAAAUGGUUAGCCUUGAACAUUGAUGCAUUUUGCUUAUAAUUUUUCAAGUAACUUCUGGUUAUCGUUUCUCAUUGAAGUGGACAGAUUUGUUUGUUUUGAAAUAUUACAAGCUACAGGCGUUGAAAGAGAAUCCCCGACCACUGGGCUUG